CCCCAUCUAUCCUGCGGUGAUCAUGGCGAUCGGGUUUUCCCAUCCAGGACAUAUCUCGUCUUGGGCUGUGCCUCGCCAUUCUAUCCGUCCAUGUUUACUGUAUGCUUCGUUGUGAUUCGCAUUCGCAUCUAAGUACAUAUCUGCCGUCCAGUCGCCUGCGCUGCGUGCUGCCGCUGCCGUCAAUUGAUGCGCUCCAUUGGGCUGGUCCCCCGUUCCGUUUGAUUUAUCUCCUUCUUCUUCCUUCUUCGGCUUAGCUGUCCGGCGCUAUUGAUCCGCAUUUGAAAUUGGGCCUGGUUUCGCAGCUAUUGAUGAUACCCGGCUGUGGUCACGGCGCUUAUCGCUCGACCGGUGAUAGCUCAGCUUCUAUAUCUUGACGGGCCUCCAUUCCGCACCGCGUCGCGGUCCUCGCACCAUGGAAGGACCGUUUCCCAAUGUCAUGAAUCAACCGGACCGCAAUGAAUUGGGGAACCCCCCGAUGGUCAUCCAGCAGUAUGCGAGAUAUCCGCCCACUCUCGAGCCCGGGAUGCACAGCGCAUCCUCGCUGGGAAGCGCUCGCAGUCGCCUACCGGCCUCUAAAUCGCCUCCGCUGAACCGCAAAGCAACCCCUCGCAGCUUGCAGGCAUCACCAACCGGCGUGCGAUCGGGUCCUCCUCCCCCGACAACCGCCGCGCCGCCCGGACCCUCGAUGUCGCCCCCGAUGUUCGACCCUCUCCGCCAGAGACAACCGAGAGAAUCAAUGGAUCAGCCGGAAUCUCGAUCGUUGCCGUCUCGCGAAAUCAAGGAUGACACCAUCGACGAUGCCUACGUGGCGUUUAUCUUCUACUGCAAUCCCAACGUUCCGCCGUCUACGGACACCAGCGAGCUGCGAAAAACAUUCCGAUCGCCUCCCCGGAGUGACGGCAAGAGUUUCAGCAUAUUCACCUUGUGGGAACUGAUUCGAAAACUCGACAAUAAAGAACUCAAGACCUGGAUAUCCUUGGCGACCGAACUUGGGGUAGAACCCCCCGUGAUGGAAAAGGGCCAGAGUACGCAGAAAGUGCAGCAAUACGCGGUUCGUCUAAAGCGCUGGAUGCGAGCGAUGCACGUCGAUGCGUUCUUCGAGUACUGUCUUGGUCAUCCCCAUGUCUACUACAAUCAGAUCCCCACCAACAACGCAGUUGUCAGCGACAGUCGUGACGGGGUGCCAUUGGAAGAGGAUCUGGCGUUGCGAGCUCUUGUCCCCCAGUGGAAACCCAAACGGGGUCGGAAACGAGCUGAAGAGAGGGAUAUAAUAUUUGACCGGGUUACCAAACGGCCCUCAUUAGACACCUCCGUUAGCAUCUUACACCCAGGCCCGUUCCCGGGGCACUCGGCGACCUUCCCUCCAAGUGCCAUGCCGUUUAGCGCCUUUCCCGAGGAGAUCGAGACGCACGAUCCGUGGAUGGCCGCUCCCUCUGCAUUUCCGACCGCCGGGCACCCCGACUCGUCUGCUGCCCAUCACGGGCCCGAUCCCCGAUGGAAACCCCUCGAGCGCGAUGCGUCGCCUGCCGGUUAUCCGCAAUCGGCCAUCAUACCCCGGCAUCAUCAUCCUUCCGAAGUUUACAUGACCUCCACCGAGCCACGGUCCGCAGUGACCCCGUCCUCGGGUGACAAGCCACGUCCCAAAAGACGGCACGGCCCCGCCGUGUCUUCCGCGUGGCCCAACAACAACGGUUCGUCCACGGGCAAAACUCGUGGACGACCCCCGAACCGGGGAACCGUCUCGGGCCCGUUUUCAUCAUUUCCUGUAAAUCCCAAUCGUGCUGAUCCGUCUCAAAUACACCAACCCACUUCGAGACCUUCGCCUGCCAUCCUUCUCGACCACGAUGCUUCUCACCGGUUCUCCCAGCCUCAAUAUCAGCAAUCACCGACGCCGUUCCCUGGCCCUCGACCAAACAAGCUGCAGCUUCAGGUGCCGCAUCACUCGGGCGCGCCGGUACGCCUGGCCACGCCUCCGACCCUCAUGGUCAACGGGAUCAACAACCCACCGGGCCCUUUGAAGAUCGAGGGCAGUCAACGAAACGGGGCCUCCGCCCCGGCUCACGAGAUGCACAGCGCGAUUGCCCCUCAUCCUCAAAUGCCCAUCGCCCGAAAUGGCCACUCCAAUGCGGAUAUAAUCUCCGACGAUGCGGUUCGCGUAUUAGCGGGGGAGUUGCUGAGGGCCAAGGUCACCGGUCGCCCAGCUCCCCUGAACGCCGAGGAGGCCCGCAACUUGGCCGUGUCCGUCGUGACAACUUUGACAUCGUCGUACUCCCACGCGCCAUUGGGGUCGCCGGUCCUCAUGGCCGUUCUCCACCUUGGACUUGGGCCACAUUUCGGUUAUCCCGGGGUCAUGGAGAGUGCAAUGGUUGUGCAUGUGGAGCUAGCCCCUGGGCCUCCUGCGAUCAUGGCGGGUGCGCCUGGGCCUGGUGGUGCCUCGCCAAACUUUGUGUACAGCGUCUCCCACGAAUACAAGCAUGGCCUUCGAUUUACGACCAAAGUCACCUACGGCGAUCUGGCUGUCGGCAAAAGCGACAGCAACAAACGCGAGAGCAUCUCUCGAAUUACUGAUGACCUCGACAACAGCAUCCCUGAGGUGGACAGUCUGACUGACGCCGAAUUCGAGGUAGACGGGGCCGACAGCAAUGCUUCCGAGAUGACCUGGAAGCAACGAUACAUGAAAAUGCGGGUGCAACUGCAGAAGAAGGAGCGCGCAUUGUCGAUUUACAAGCGUAAAAUCAUCGAUUCGGUCAUGGCAGACAUCUAACACGGCUCGGCCUCUGGAGCAGAGGGGGGGCGGUCUUGCCAUUGUUUUGGGAGUGAGUUCGUUGUCGUUACUCGCAUAAACAUACAUGCCUUGAUACCCCCACUUUCCUGUAUAUUGCUGCGAUGUGAUUCUAUGUACUUGUUCAACUUGCUGCUUUCUUCUUUCUUUUUCUUUCCUGUUUCUCUUUUUUGGCCUGUGUACGUGAGUCGGAAUGAUGGCCCUACUGUUAACUUCAGUUCUUGUUGGAUACCCUUUGAGCGAUCUUGACCGUGCUAUUGGGAUUUUAUGUACGCCAUUUAGAGCCUUGAUCUUGAUUUGAUUUAUCUCAGCAUUGGUUUGACCUAUCGGUUUGAUCGCAUUACAACCAAGUAGCCUGUGUUUCACCAAUGUGAC